CCGAUUUAUAAAUCACGCAAGAGGACCGCUCGCUCAUUCAGCAAUUCACCGCGUUGGAGAGGGAGCACAGCAUGGCGGGGAAACUCAUGUCACCAAGUGACGUGGACCGCAUGUUUGAGCUCGCCAUCGUGAAGGUGGAGGGAUUGCUGGAGCGUAAGACCAAGGCAGCAACGCCUGCAAAGGCCGCUGCUGCGCCUAAUGUAGAGAGAGAGGAGCGCAGGUCGCUGCCCCAAAAGGCCAGAGCAGGGACGGCGCCCAUGCACCUGGGGUCGUAUGCUUCGUAUAAUAACCAACUGUUGUUAUUGACGCUAGCUCGCCUCGUCCGCAGCGAACAGUCCCAGUACUCCAAGUACACCACGAUGCCACCAACUUUCGUGGUGCCCGCACGAGACCCGUGGCCAGCCCACGUCCGCGGCAAGACAGUCAAUGUAAACGGCUUUCGCGCAGCGAAAACAAAGGACAAGAUCCAUCCAAAGAUCGAAAAGAAACUCAACGCAAUCAAUUUCGUGUGGGACCUAAAGCAGCACAAGUGGGAUAUGAACCUGUGGGGGCUGCGAAUCUAUAAAGUGUGCCACGGCGACCUCGACAUUCCGGAGUCAUUUAUAGUUCAAAAUAAGGACGAGACAUACCCAAGAGAGUUAUGGUCGUUCGCACUCGGUCAGUGGCUGGCAAAAACCAAGGCCAGGAUUCAAGAUCUGCCAGAAGUCAAGAAGCGGGCUCUGACGGAAGUAGGAGUGCAGUGGGUAGAAUGAUCUUAGCACGUAAUACAAGCGUUUGAAAGUUAUCCCUUGAAGGUGCGCAA